GAGAGCAGUGGAGCAGUCACAGCGACAACAGUGUGUGUGUAUGUGUGUGUGAGUGUGAAUGUGAAUGUGUGAGUGACAGAGUUGCGUCAGGGCGCAUCUCAAAGUGCCUGUGGCGGCGCUUCUACACACACAUACACACACAUAUACACACACGCACAGCACGCGCACUUCUUCUCCGGACCCGACAGAAGCUGCGCGAGACCGGCGACGCGCGCUCUGUAAACCCGGGGAUCCCACUUUAGACGAACACAGUCGGGGCGAACGCUGUGGCAGGAAAGCUGGAACUAAACUACAUUCAUUGACUUGUGAGCGAUGCACUGGCAGCAUGGCCAAGUGGUUCAAGGAGCACCUAGGAUUCAAAACUACCAAAGCACCCCCUCCGGCGCCUCCGAAGCCGGACUACAGACACUGUCACACCGCUGCGCCCGGUGCCCCUGGCUCCGGCUCCGGCUCCGGGGCCACCUUCCCCAGCCCCGCUCAGCCGGACAUCCUCGCUGCUUACAAACUACAAAAGGAACUGGACUUCGAGGACCCGUACACUCCAGGUGGAAAUAUUUCAUUUGGGUCGAGCUUGAACACUGUGGGGUCACCGGAUAUCAAGUAUGUGUCACCGAAGCACCGACUUAUCAAGGUGGAAACAAUCGAAAAGAGCAGUCCGGCUCCGGGCGGCGGUAUCACCGUCACCCAGGCUGUGGCAGUGGGAAGUGUUAAGUCUCCUACUUCACCUCCUUCGGACCACGACAAUAAGGAGAAGCUCAUUAUCCUUGAAGACUAUGCGGACCCUUUUGACGCUGAGCAGGCUGGGGGCACUCAAACCACUACGGAGAAAGUGACAACUGAGAAUGAUGGUUACAUGGAGCCAUAUGAGGCCCAGAAGAUGAUGGCAGAGAUUCGUUCCGGUGGACGAGGGCCAAAAGAGGGCCCUGUAAGGCAGCUGCCUCUGUAUGACACGCCGUAUGAGCCAGCGGAGAACGGCGGAGACUCUGACCCUGAGCGUUCGCGAUGCCCCAGAGAAAGCCGACUGCCCCAGGAUGAUGAGCGACCCCCUGAGGAGUACGACCAGCCCUGGGAGUGGAAGAAAGAGAGGAUUUCCAAAGCCUUUGCAGCUCUGCUUUGUUAUGACUGCAUUAGCUACGAGGGCUCUGUAAGUGCCACUGGAUCAGGUCCCCACAGAAGAAAGGACUGCACUUCUAAAUCCCUCACAGUAGAGAUUAAAGUGAUCAAGGACCUACCGUGGCCCCCUCCUGUUGGGCAACUCAACACCAGCCCUCCCCCAGUGGAGGAGCUGGAGUCUCCUUCCCAGACAGCUCAGCCCUCGCCUGGACAGGCAACGUGUGACCAGCACCACCAUGUCCAGUUUGAUGGUGUGGAGAAGUCAAGAAUGUCACCUACCAAGGAUGGGAAAACUCGCCCGUUGCAGCGUCACUCCAGUGGAUGUUUGGUUAACACCAAAAUGACAUCACUGGACCACUGCAGCUCCUCUUUAGGGGAACGUAUUGACCCCACCAUGCCCCUGGAAAGCCAGUUCUGGUACCACGGAGCGAUCAGCAGAACAGAUGCCGAGUCUCUGCUCAGGCUGUGUAAGGAGGCCAGCUACCUAGUGAGAAACAGCGAGACCAGCAAGAAUGAUUACUCCCUCUCCCUUAAGAGCAGCCAGGGCUUCAUGCACAUGAAGCUUUCAAGAACGAAGGAGAACAAGUACAUCCUAGGCCAGAACAGCUGCCCUUUCGACAGCGUGCCUGAAAUCAUCCAUUUCUACUCUAGCCGCAAGCUUCCAAUCAAGGGUGCUGAACACAUGUCCCUGCUCUACCCCGUAGCCAUCAGGACACUAUAGUGCUCUGGGGCAUCUGCAGGCAUAGACCCCUGCAGCACCCACUGAGUCUCCCAGUGGCUCCACUCGAGUCCUUCAUAUUUGUUGGAGAAGUUGAGCCGGACAGAGAUCAGGAGGCUCAUGGGAAGACGAACUGCGGCAACGCAAACUGCUGAUUCUGACUCACCUCACUGGCCGACGGUUUCCAGACCUGUUUUGAAGGCCGACUGCAUACUAUCUCAACGAUAAAGACUCGAUGUUGCAAAGGUCUUUAUUAUUUUAUUUUAUUUUAUUUUAUUUAUGACAGAAAGCCACUUCAUUACGUCACGUGCUAUCUGAUGAACAUCAUUUCAUUCUCGAGCUGAUUUCCCUAAGCACUUAACGCUUAAAAAAAAAAGAAAGGUACAGCAUAUUUGUCACUGAGAUGUUCCAUCAUCAUAGUGUACCUUUUUCCUAAGAGUGUUCAUUAUGGCAGUUGUGUAUGAACAAGUUUGUUUGCCUCCUCCGAUUUGGUUAGGCUUUGUUGAUACUGUAAAGAGUGACUGUGCUUCAAGUGGACCUGAAGAUUGUGAGAGCCCAGUAAAGGAAACGUUUAUGAGCCAUGCUGAGGAAUAUUACCCACAUGGGGCACAUACAGCGAGCUGGACAUUGAAUAAACUGAUAUCGUAUGAAUGCUGUGUCCCCAGCUGUGCGGAUACAACAGGCCUGUGAGCUGGGCAGACUGAUCUCUCUAUCUUGUCAUAGUGCAUGUUGUCUGCUAUCCAUCACUGAAUGGGUGUAUCACACCAUUGACAGUGUAAGUACCAUAGUGGUGAGACAGGCAGGAGAGCAUGAUGGAUGGUUCAGCCCAUCCACCAUAGUACGAUUGGCUGAGGCUACGGGGCAGAGCCUGUCCAAAUGGACCAAAUUACCCCCCUUACCCCUGCUUAGAAUGGCUUUGCAUCGGGAGAAUGAAAUAUGCCUGCAUUGUCUACCUCAGAAAAUCAAUUUCAUUCACCCAUCUGCAGAUCAAUAGGUACAAUGGGAUUGCAGACAUCGAUCUGCCCUCCCUUUGACAUUCCCAAUUCCCUUAAAAUUUCAUCAUUGGUUUAGAACUAUGUUUUUUGCAAACACUUAAUUCAAGAUUUUUUUAAUGAAAACAUAAGCAGAUUUUCCAGAUCAGCAAUUGUAUGUAUACUCACUAAUAUGAUACUGUGUGAUGUCAGUAACAAAUGUUUGGUUAAUGCCUUAUAAUGCAUGGGUCAGAUCAGUCCGCUAGAUCAGCUAAUUUCCAAUUCUGCUUUUAACGAUUGUUCUGUGACUGUAAUUUAUUCCGGGAUAAUUAUUACUGAUGUGUUGCUCCUUUGUGAUGGCCGGUCGGCCCCCUGGCCCCCCUUGUUCUGUGCCGAUGUGAUCGUGUUUUUUGGGACUACUCCAGCCUCUUUUACUGUGGUGCUCUGCAUUUUUGUUGUUUCUAGUUCUGCUUAAUGCACGUUUGCCUCAGUGGCCUGACUCUGGGACAUGAGUCACGGCGUCUCCUGACCAACAGGAUUGUCAAGCCUCACAUGAGAAAUGACUUCAUAUUCCCUUGAUGAAUACUGGACCCAUCAUACCGACACUUUACAUUCAAGUCUGUCUGUCAUCUACCCUUUACUGCUACAUUUGCCUACAUGUGUGAAUGGGAACGACUGUCUGUACGCUUGUGUUCGACAUGUAUGGUGUAUGCAUAUGAGAAUGGGUGCACAGACUUUCACAGCUUUAGCUUGUGUUUUAUGCUACUGGCACAAACUUUUUUGCAGUCCUUGCUUGAAUCUCUUUGGUUUUCAGAGCCUGUUUUUCUCCCUUGAACUCAAAACAUUAGUAUUCAGACUUACAGUGUGAUUCACCAUUUUCUUUUUGGAUUCAACUCAUUAACCACACUUGAUUUUUUUUUUUUAGCAAUUCAUUCAAAUUAGUUGGUCAUCUCCUCUUUAUCAUAACAAACCUAGAAGUAUUUCUGCCCAGAGCAUAUAAUGUUGCUCACCAAUUAAAGCAAGAGAUGAGUUACAUAAUGGGUACUAACAGUAACCACAAUGUAGUCUAAUGAGAGUGCACGAUGCUCGUACCAUCAGCUUCCCCUCCAGAGGAAACCGACGUCAAUCAUACGAGUUGCAAAAUUCACUAAGCGGUUCAGUAAGUAAAUCCAAGUAAAAGUGGAAACGUGGGUUUGAGUGGAGAAUGACUGGCACUAGAAAUUAGAAAGUGACUUCAGCAAGCACGGCCGCUGUUCAAUUCAAGUACAUUUUGGCGUUGAUUAUUUCUCUGUUGUGUGCUUUGCAAACAUUAAACUGCUGUCACUGAAGGGGUUAGCACGAGCCUCCACCAAACAUAUGACAUAUGUGAUAGUGCACAGUGCCCACCAAUCAGAGACAUAAUCAACAGAAUAAACCUGAUUAGCAAAAUAGAGUUUGAAGAAAGCGGGAUGUAUACAAAAGUCUAUUUUGCUGGUGUAGUUAAAGGUAUAUGAGAGUGUUUGUGAUGAGGCGACCUCUGCAGCUUUAUUUAGGAAUAGUAUGUUGUCAAACUGGACCUAUGUAUUUCCUAGAUAGAUGUUAUUCUCAGAAGAAAUGCAAAUAGAAUAAGGGAUCUGUGUGAUGUAUGGUGUACGUUCUGAAUGUUCCCAGCUUCAGAGAUGUUGACAGUGAAGGCUCUUUUUUUUUUCGCUUCCUGCUGCUGAUGAAAGAGCCUGUAUACGGCGGCCACACUGCCUACAGAGAGGCCUUAGCUUUGGAGAAAAGGGAAACAGUGAGAGGUAGGGGGUUGAAUAAGGGACAGACAGAAGGGGAGGGAUUUUCUGUAAUCAGCAGCCACACUCUUGACAUUUGAGAAUCUCUAUUACAAGAACCUAAAUGCACCCUUUCCUCCCUCAGAAGUGUCUUAAAUCGUGUGUGUGUGUGUGUGUAUGCGUCAACACACAACUGUGCAUGCAUAAAACAGUGUUUAUGUGCGAAAGAGUGGGCGAGUGUACUGUACGUGUGUGUGGACCGGUGUAAGCACCAUCAGUCAUUGACUUGCCCCGUGUGUGUUUUGUGUCUCACUUUACUGUGGUAAAGUGGCAUGUAUGAGUUUCUUUUGUGUACAUUUUUGUGCCACAUAUGUAUGCACUACUACUAUAACAUAUCUCUGUACAGUCCCUCAUGGCCAAAUGUAUAUACUGAAUGUAUUGUACGGGGACAAAGAGGCAACAAGGUUCAAACUAAAUAAAAUUGGGUUUAUGAGUUAA